AGUCCUGACCCGGCACAGCCGAGUCCAGGCUGUGGCGAGCGCCGGGCAGCUCUGCUGAGGCAGGCGCAGCUCUGGUGCAGGCGGAGGGACAGCACCGCCGGUGGCUUCUGGACCACGUGAUGACUGGAGGGUGACUUCUGGGUCUAAAGACAAGAGCUGAAGAUGAAGGAGGACUGUCCACCCAGCUCUCAUGUGCCUAUCAGCGACAGCAAGUUCAUUCUAAAGUCAGAACUCUUAAGCCUGCUGAAAACCUACAACUGCUACCAUGAGGGCAGGAGUUUCCAGCUGAGACACCAUGAGGAAGAAGGGGCUCUGAUCAUUGAGGGACUUCUCAACAUCGCCUGGGGACUCAGACGGCCCAUCCGGCUCCAGAUGCAGGAUGAUCGGGAGCGAGUACAUUUGUCCUCUGCUUCGUGGAUGCCUGAAAAGCCCAACUGUCCCCCGAAAGAAGCCCCACCUCAGGACCGCAGGGGAACUCCUGAGGAACCCAGUGCACAGCCUGUGCACAAGGCCGAGGGGUCCAAAGAUAGCUCAGGAACCCUGGUGGAGGAGGAGGAAGUCCCACAGCUUUUACGGACCCAGAGUGAUGCCAGCUGUAUGAUCCAGCGGAGGCCCAAGUCCCGGGGGCCCAGCGACGCCCAGAGGAUCCGACGGCACCGGUUCUCCAUCAAUGGGCACUUUUAUAACCACAAGACCUCUGUGUUUACUCCUGCCUAUGGGUCCGUGACCAACGUUCGAGUGAACAGCACCAUGACCACCCAGCAGGUACUCACCCUGCUGCUCAACAAGUUCCGGGUUGAGGAUGGUCCCAGUGAAUUUGCACUCUACAUUGUCCACGAGUCUGGGGAGCAAACAAAAUUAAAAGAUUGUGAGUAUCCACUGAUAGCCAGAAUCUUGCACGGGCCUUGCGAGAAAAUCGUCAAGAUCUUCCUGAUGGAAGCCGACUUGAGCGAAGAAGUACCCUACGAUGUCGCCCAGUACAUUAAGUUUGAAAUGCCGGUGCUGGACAGUUUUGUUGAAAAAUUAAAAGAAGAGGAGGAAAGAGAAAUAAUCAAACUAACCACAAAUGUUGUGUGGCAUGGAGCAGGACACAAGAACGUUCAUCGGAGCUGGAGAAGGGAAGGCCAGGCUGCUCUCCUGCAUGGGCCUGGGAGUAGCAACUGGUUCCAAGCCCUGCGUCUGACAAUGCUGCAGCGCCUGGAACAGCUGGUGGAGGCCAAGUAGCUGGCUAGCACCUGCCUUUCCUGAUGCCUGUGGCAGCAAGUGUACAUGGAGUUCUAGAGACCCAGCCCUGACUGACCUGCCACUGUUAGAUGGCUUUGCCCAAGGAAUCUAGCAUCUGUGAUUCUAGUCUGUCCACAGCCUACGUACCAUCCUGCAUCCCUAGUCUUGGCACCACAGUGAGCAUACACAGGGAGGAGACCAAGACCUGAAGAGCCAGGAACUUGCUGACUGGGAUCUAUGUGCAAGGCAGUGAGGGGCCCUGGAACUGUAGUGACAACCACAUUAUAGGGCUGAAGAGCAUGACAGUCCUGUUCAUACAUCUCUCCUUCUUGAGAGAGCAGUAUCUGAUCUGGCUCCUGGAGAAAGGGCUUCAUCUUCUUGUCCAGUUCCUGUCCCAGAGCCCCUCUGUGGCUACAAGCCACAUCUAUGUGAACCAUGAGAUCCCUGUCUGUCCUUGCUUCAAGUUGCCAUUCAGACUCUGCUGGGGCAGGAACCAGCAGCCACUGUGAGACACGUCCCUUUUCAGCCACUUGCUGAGGUCAGUGGACUGCGGAUUUAAAAGGAAGGAUGAUAAAGGCUUUCUGUGCAUGUGGGAGCUGCUCGCAGGAUCCUGCAAAGAGCAGAGUUUGAGAACAGCCAUGUGGUGUGGAGCCACUGGUGAAGGUAGACUUCACACAGCAUUUUCCAGAUUCAUCUCCACCUCCAUCAUAUAGUCACCAUGGUUCUUCUGGCCUCCAAAUCUUCUCUCAUAGCUGGCCUUCCUUGCCCAGAGGUUAGAACAGGAAUAGAUCAAUCAAGAUCUCAUCAGGUAUCUGCAGAAAUCAGCCUCAACUUCUCAGAGUGCGAUCCAAAGGAAUCCUUGAAAGGAGCUGGCUUCAAGAAACAUGUCACUUGAAUCAUGUUGGGAGUUCAUCCACAUAUCCUUGAAAGAAUGCUGGCUGGAAGAAUGCUGUGCUCACCCCCAUUGCCGUCUUUCUACGGGUAUCUGUAUGCCUCUUGCCUACUCUGGGCUUGAGCCUUUCCCUAGUGGGUGGGGUCAACUCUUAAUACUUCCCAUCAAAGCCCAGCAAUGUGGUAAAAGGUCUGUUUGGAGACAAAGGGCUUCAAAUUCCCUGGGGCUGGAUACCAAACAAGUUGUUUGCUGACUGGUGGAGAUUUUCUGGAAUGAAUGAGAAAGUACCAGUUUAUGUCAGUCAUGUAUGUUUGUCUAAUAGAGCAAACCAAUGACCAAAUUCUCCUGCUGAGGUCAGUGGACAGUGGAUUUAAACGGAAGUAUGGUAAAGGCUUCAAAGAUAGAGGGGAGUUCUGUCUUCAGUGCAUGUGGAAGCUGCUCGUGGGAGCCUGCAAAGAGCAGACUUUGAGAACAGCCAUGCAGUGUGGAGCCACUGGUCAGGGUAAACCCCACACCAGCAUUUUCCAGACUCUCUGCAUCUUCACAGAGAUAGAAGCUUCCAAAGGAGGCUGGGCUGAGUGUUCUUGCCUCUUCUCCCCUUUGGCAGUAUACUUCCUUAGGUACUUAGUAAAGAUGUUAUAUUGAGCUGAGGAAGCAAGGCCCAGACUUUCUUUUGUCUUUUCCUUCUGUGUCUAUUACCAUGAGCUCUUUCUCUAAUACUAUAGUGUGACCCCUUAUAGUAUGUAGAGCUUUGGUUUGCAGAACCAUCUGCCCUUGACAUUGAUGAGACUCCUUCACUUCACGGCCUGGGGAGUGGUGUGGGGUCUGUGGCAAGGCUGCCUUACCUUAGAACACAGAGAUGGAGUCACUGGUGAUGGCCUGCAGGUGGCCUGAACAAUAGACCUGAAAUGUAGAAUUUUAGCAUCAGAAGUGCAUCAGAAAUCUUCUAGGCAGGGGCUCAGGAGGCUCUAGAAAGCAAAUGAGGCAGGACCUCACAGACAAUGUUGCUCCCUGUAUUUAUAAAGCUUAGGUCUAAGACAGCUGCCUGUCUUCCAUUCAGAAGUAACUAAGUCAUCUGACUGUCAUGACAAGCCUGUGCUGGGCCCUGGAGGGACAAAGAUAGAGCCUUGGUGUUUCAUCAGGAGAAGCAGGAAGACACUAGAGAACCAGCUGAGCUCCUGGGAAGGAGGCUGGAAUGAGCAGGUAGCUAAGACUAUGGUUGGUGGACCAAGAGACAUCUGCCAUCCCAGGGAACUGGUUCAGGGAAGUCAGUGGGACAGAAAAUCCUCUGAGCACAGGAGAAUUGGGCUUUUUUACAGUUACUAAAAUAUUUAAGGCCUUUUUCUGUGUUGCUUUUGAAAUACUAUCAAAACUAAUUUCUGAAUAUUGUAGCUAGAAGAACUCCAUCAAGUCGCACAGGAAAGGAGAUUUUCCUCUUCUGUAGGCCUCUGAAGUCUUCACAGUUUUUUAAAAUCAGUACCACACUGGCUCUUCGGAGGCUACUGGAAAACUUGCUGAUCCAGGGCAUCCGACACUAGGAGUCUAGACCGCAAAGGCUUUGUCUUCUUCCUUUAGGGGAAUCACCUGCUGCAUACAGUUCACAGUAUGUGUCAUGUGCUCCUUGGUACCUCAGACAAUAAAGGUAUCUAGAGAUAAAGUGAAGAUUCCUGUCAGAAACUGCUGUCUUCCAAAGUAGGGCCGCCCUCAGAACCAGCCUUCAGAGGCCAGUGAGAAUAACACAGAAUGAAGUCAGCAUGAUUGUGAAAGCACCAAGUCCAAGAAAAACAGGGAUGUUUGUCCAGAACAAAUGACCAGAAGGGAUCAAAAUAACAGCUUGUUUUUCUGUAGCAACAGCUAUGUGCUACCUGCUCCAGAGUGUUUACCAGAAAAUGGAUUAAAGUUCUCACUGUCAAAAUAAAGCCAUUCUCCCAGGAUA